AUGUCUGAUCUCAAAGCCUCGGUGGACGCAACGCCCGCCGGUUUCCAUGUCGAGGGUUAUGAGAAGAUCGAAUAUGACUUCACCUUCAUCGACGGAGUCUUUAACACGAAGCGAAGUGACCUCGCCGACUGCUAUACGCGGUGGGGGCGGUGCCUCGCCGUUAUGGACUACAACAUCUUCAACCUCUAUGGCGAGCAAAUGCAAAAGUACUUUGAUCACUACAAGAUUGAUCUGGAUAUUCACAAGACCAUGAUUGGCGAGAAAGCCAAGUCCAUUGACACUUUCUUGAGCAUUGUUGAUUCCAUGAACAAAUUCGGAAUCUUCAGAAAGGAACCUGUACUAGUCAUUGGAGGUGGACUGGUCACCGAUGUUGCCGGUUUUGCCUGUGCUGCCUAUCGCAGGAAUACAAACUACAUCCGCAUCCCCACAACUGUUAUUGGGCUGAUUGACGCAUCGGUGUCCAUCAAAGUCGCCGUCAACUAUGGCAACUACAAGAACCGCCUAGGUGCCUAUCAUGCACCAAUGCGCACGUUUCUCGACUUUACGUUUCUGCGGACUUUGCCAAAGGCUCAGAUCCGCAAUGGCUUUGCGGAGCUGAUCAAGAUCUCCACGUGUGCCCAUCUACCAACUUUCGAGCUCCUGGACAAGUAUUGCGAGCAGCUGAUCGACUCUGGAUUUGGUCGCUGUGAUGGUGCACCUGAAGAGGUGCGAAAGGCAGCUGACACCAUCAACCGGGCUGGUAUCCAUGAGAUGCUCAAACUUGAGACGCCGAAUCUCCAUGAGAUCGGCCUUGAUCGAGUGAUUGCAUACGGCCACACAUGGUCUCCAUUGCAUGAACUGGUUCCAGAAGUUCCGCUCCGCCACGGACAUGCAAUUUCAAUAGAUAUGGCCUAUUCGGCCACGUUGGCUAAUAUGCGCGGCAUCCUGAGCGACGCGGACCACGAGCGGAUUUUGCGCCUCUUUUCGCGCGCAGGGCUGUCCAUGGACCACCACCAAUUCGACAAAGAAAUUCUCGAUAAGGGUACCAAAGCUAUUCUGAGAACUCGAGAUGGAAAGCUGCGCGCUGCAGUGCCCGCUCCGCUUGGGUCGUGCAUCUUCUUGAACGAUGUGUCCAUGGAUGAAAUGUACGCCGCUCUCAAGCGCCAUAAGGCGCUGAUGAAGAGCUUUCCUCGCAAUGGCGAAGGUCUCGAAGCUUUCGUUGACGCCAGCGACACUGGUUAUACGGUGAACAACCAGCCGGUGGAAAUGAAUGACGCAUCGAACGGUCUAAAGUCUUUGAACGUUCUGAACGACGAUGUUCACAAGAACAGCAUCCACCCCAACGGUCAUAAGAACGUGGACGGAAAGAUGACAAACGGUGUAUUGACCGCCACGAAACAUGCGUCGGAUCCUGAGAAGGUCAACACCUUGAUUGAGGGUAUCAGAGGAAAUGCUAAUGGAGAUGGGGUCGCUCACGAGUUGAACGGUUGUGGCAAAGCAGUUGAAGUUCGGUAA